GGUCUGGAUUGUCCUUAUUUAUCCAGUUAUUUAGACUGGCAUUUUUUUCAUGAUACUUCAUUGCCUGUUAACCGUAAAAUGGCUAUCUGCAUCUUUGAGCAGAAUACUGAGUUACCCAUACGACGACAUUUUGAAAGUAUCCAGUCUCCUUUCUAUGGAGGAUUGGCAGAUUCAAAUCUGGUAUUCCGAACCACAUCUACAAUUUAUAAUUAUGACUAUGUUUGGGAUUUUAUUUUCCACCAAAAUGGAGUUCUUAAUGUUCGAGUCCAUGCCAGUGGGUACAUAAUAUCUGAUUUUUACUUUGGUGAUGCUGAAGACUAUGGCAAUAGAGUCCAAGAAAAAGUGCUGGGACCAAUUCAUACCCAUAAUAUUCAUUUCAAGGUGGAUUUGGAUAUUGGUGGUGUGGAAAAUACCCUGGUUGGCAAUGACAUGGCCUUUGAGACCAUAAAGGCCCCUUGGAGCCCAGAAGAUAAGAUCCAUCGAAUGAAGAUAGUGAGGGAAAUUUUGGACACCGAGAAUAAGGCGGCGUUUCAUCUCCAUGAUGACAUGCCCAGAUACCUUUAUUUUUCAUCCAACUGCACAAACAAGUGGGGCCAUGAUCAAGGCUAUCGAAUCCAGAUAGUCAGCUUUUCUGGAGACCAUCUUCUAGAGUCAGAUCCAAUGGAGCCAGGCCUCAGCUGGGGUCGUUAUAAGCUAGCUGUUACAAAGAGGAAAGAAAAUGAAUCUUUCAGCACAACUGCCUACAAUCAGGUUGACCCAUGGAAUCCUCCGGUGGCCUUUGCUAACUUCAUAAACAAUGAGAGCAUUGUCAAUGAGGAUCUAGUUGCCUGGAUCAAUGCUGGCUUUCUCCAUAUUCCACAUGCUGAGGACAUACCCACUACUGCAACUCUUGGGAAUGUAGUUGGUUUCUUCUUGAGACCCUACAAUUAUUUUGAUGAUGAUCCUUCCAUAUAUUCUCCAGACAGUAUUCACUUCAACCAGAAAAACCUCUUUCUCUGUGAGACCAACCCACUUGCAUGUCUGGGAAAAAUAGCUUCAUGCCUGCCUACUUUCCCCCUUUUUACUUAUGAAGGUUUUCAAAACGUAACAACUCUCUAA